CCCACUGGUGAAGUACAGCAGCACAGUGCACUCGAGUUCGAGCUCGUUGAACUCUUGCAGUGCAGUGCUAGCUAGCGACAGUCCAAGCUCACCGUCAUCCAUGGCUCUGCAGCUUCUCCCCUCCACCCUCUCCGUCCCCAAGAAGGGCAGCAGCAUGGGCGCGGUGGCGGUGAAGGACACGGCGGCGUUCCUGGGCGUGAGCAGCAAGGCGAAGAAGGCGUCGCUGGCGGUGAGGACGCAGGUGGCCACGGCGCCUUCGCCGGUGACGACGAGCCCGGGCUCGACCGCGUCGUCGCCGAGCGGCAAGAAGACGCUGCGGCAGGGCGUGGUGGUGAUCACGGGCGCGUCAUCCGGGCUGGGCCUGGCGGCGGCCAAGGCGCUGGCCGAGACGGGCAAGUGGCACGUCGUCAUGGCGUGCCGCGACUUCCUCAAGGCCUCCAAGGCGGCCAAGGCGGCGGGCAUGGCGGACGGCAGCUACACCGUCAUGCACCUCGACCUCGCCUCCCUCGACAGCGUCCGGCAGUUCGUUGACGCGUUCCGCCGCGCCGAGAUGCCGCUGGAUGUGCUGGUGUGCAACGCCGCCAUCUACCGGCCCACGGCGCGCACGCCGACCUUCACCGCCGACGGGCACGAGAUGAGCGUGGGCGUGAACCACCUGGGCCACUUCCUGCUCGCCCGCCUCCUCAUGGAGGACCUCCAGAAGUCCGACUACCCGUCCCGCCGCAUGGUCAUCGUCGGCUCCAUUACCGGCAACAGCAACACGCUGGCGGGCAACGUGCCGCCCAAGGCCAGCCUCGGCGACCUCCGCGGGCUGGCCGGAGGCCUCAGCGGCGCGUCCGGCUCCGCCAUGAUCGACGGCGACGAGAGCUUCGACGGCGCCAAGGCGUACAAGGACAGCAAGGUGUGCAACAUGCUGACCAUGCAGGAGUUCCACCGGCGGUACCACGAGGAGACCGGCAUCACCUUCUCCUCGCUCUACCCGGGCUGCAUCGCCACCACGGGGCUGUUCCGGGAGCACAUCCCGCUGUUCCGGACCCUCUUCCCGCCGUUCCAGAAGUUCGUCACCAAGGGGUUCGUGUCGGAGGCGGAGUCCGGCAAGAGGCUGGCGCAGGUGGUGGCGGAGCCCAGCCUGACAAAGUCCGGCGUGUACUGGAGCUGGAACAAGGACUCGGCGUCCUUCGAGAACCAGCUCUCCCAGGAGGCCAGCGACCCCGAGAAGGCACGCAAGGUCUGGGAGCUCAGCGAGAAGCUCGUCGGACUUGCAUGAUCCACCGCAAAUCCCAUGGAUGCAUGCAUGCAUCUAGGACGCCGGCCAAUGCUCAACUUGUCGCUUUUUUAAACUUAUUUGGUAAUUAUCAUUUUUACGCCUUUUUAGAAGCUCAAUUACGCGGGAGAGGCCUUGCGAGUGUCCGCGAGAGUGUGCAUAGAUCUCGUGUGGAAGAUGUACAAUUUUCGGCAAACAUUGGAAUAAUAAAACCGCAGGCCUGAUUGAGGAUGA